ACUCCGCCCUGCUCCGCGCUCGUUCCACCACAUUUCAGAAGUUUCCAUCACCUUCCAGACUCCCCCUGGGGCGACCUACAUAAAAUCCCUCCUCCUCGCCAUUGAAUCACCACCGAAAACUCCACAAAUAUUCAACAAGCAAUCCAAACUUCCAAACUCCAAAACAGCCCAACCGGAGGAGAUCGAUCGAGCUCGAGAUCAGCCAGCGAGAAAUGGCGGGCAUGGUGUUCGGCUUGGAGGCCCCGAUGAUGACAGCCCUGCAGCACCUGCUGGACAUCCCGGACGGUGAGUCCGGUGCCGCCGCCGGCGAGAAGCAGGGCCCGACGCGCGCCUACGUCCGCGACGCGCGCGCCAUGGCGGCCACCCCUGCCGACGUGAAGGAGCUGCCAGGCGCGUACGCGUUCGUGGUGGACAUGCCGGGGCUCGGGUCCGGCGACAUCAAGGUGCAGGUGGAGGACGAGCGGGUGCUGGUCAUCAGCGGCGAGCGCCGGAGGGAGGAGAAGGAGGACGCCAGGUACGUGCGGAUGGAGCGCCGCAUGGGCAAGAUGAUGCGCAAGUUCGUGCUCCCCGAGAACGCCGACAUGGAGAAGAUCUCCGCCGCGUGCCGCGAUGGCGUGCUCACCGUCACCGUCGAGAAGCUGCCGCCGCCCGAGCCUAAGAAGCCCAAGACCAUCCAGGUCCAGGUCGCCUGAAAAUGAGAUGCAUGGUGUGCGCGUCGAAUCGAAGCAGAGUAUGAGUCGGUAGCGUGUUUGCUGUGAUGAGUGGUGGAGUGUCAGUCUUUUCGUUUCGUCUGCUAGACGAGGGUGUGCCGUGUCGGUUCGUGCGCAGGUGGUGAUGGUUUGAUGUUUCGUUAAUGGUAAUGGGGAUGUUCUCCGGUUAAUUCUGAAUAAAACAUGCGAAUCCCUUGGCCA